AUGGGAGAUUAUUGGAUAAACCAACAUGAAGAUAUAGUUAAACUUUUAAAUACAUUAACAGCAGAUAUUAAAGAAUUCUCAUUACAACAAAGAAACAAUCCUGGUGUUGCACCAAGAAACUCACCUACAGCAUUAAGAAAUAACCUAGUAUAUAUAUCAACCGAAAUUGCAAGAUUACAAGAUAGUUUAACAUAUGGAAAUUUGAGAAUAACCGAACAAGAAUUAUUAAGAAGAAAAAAUAAAGUUGAAAAUUUAGUUUCUAUUAAAAAUCAAUUAUCAAAUACUUUGGAUUCUGCUAUAAAUAAUACAAAUUCAAAGAAUGCAUUAUUAGGUGGUAAUAAUAAUAAUGGAAGAGCAUUUGGACAAUUUGGAAAACCAAGAGAAACAGAUCAAACAAGACAAUUUGACAAUACAGCUUUAUAUAAUAAUCAAAAAGAAAUUAUGAAACAACAAGAUGAAUCAUUAGACCUACUUUCAAACUCAAUUAUGAGAACUAAAAAUAUAGCAUAUGCCAUGAACAAUGAAUUAGAAGCACAUAACGAAAUUUUAGAUGAUAUCGAAAUUGGUACAGAAAGAACAACAGUAAGAUUAAAAAAUACAAAUUCUAAAAUGGAAGUUAUUAAACAGAAUGCUGGUAGUACAUGUAUGAUUGUUACCAUCGUUAUUUUAAUUAUAAUUAUUGUUAUUUUGAUUGCAACUGACUCUGGCUGUAAAAUUUAUAAUGAUCCAAAACAUUGCCCAUAG